AUGGAAAGAAGAGAUGGAGAGUAUGGAAAAGAGAGAAUGAGAGUAGAAAUAAGAAAAGGAGAGUGGAAAGAAGAGAACGAGAGUAGAAAGAAGAGAAGGAGGGAUGGAAAGAAGAGAAGGAGAGUAGAAAUUAGAGAAGGAGAGUGGAAAGAAGAGAAGGAGAGUGGAAAAAAAGAAGGAGGGAUGGAAAGAAGAGAAGGAGGGAACUGUUCUAAACAGGCUCCUCCCGCUUCUCCUGAGCAAGCAUCAGCGGUCAUCACACAGCUGGACUCUGACUGUAGAUCAGUGAUUGAACCUAAAUUCGCCCGGGCUACGAGUGUGAAUAACCAGCUGGACUUUUACUGUAGACCAGGUUGUAUUUAUAUGAAUGGAUACUGCAUCAAGAAAAAAUAUAGACUGAGAAGAAGAGUCGUAGAGAAAACUAGAGAAGGAGAUACUUUCUUUCUUCAAAUCUACAAUAUACUCUGCUAAUCUACAGUAGAGAGAUGUACCCUUUCUUCAAUUAUACAAUAUACUCUGCUAAUCUACAGUAGAGAGAUGUAUCCUUUCUUCAAUUCUACAAUUUACUCUGCUAAUCUAAUAAGUAAUAAAUGAAACUUUUUUAUCGUAAAUAAAUAAAUAUAUUUAUUUC